GGAGCGUUCUCGCUAACUUUAGUAACACUCGGGCACUCUAUGCAGGAGUCCUCGGUGCGCCCCCCUCCUCCAAGAUGGAGGUCUUAGGGGGCUACCCGAGUAAGUCCUCCAGCCCGAAGACGAAGACGUUGACGGUCCUGCUGAGCAUGACGGUCGGCGUCGGCUGUCUGUUCCUCCUGCAGAGUCAGCUGAGGCCCAGAAAACCAACGGACUUCUACUCCUUCGAGGUGAAAGACGCGAAGGGGAGGACGGUGCCUCUGGAGAAGUACCGGGGGAAAGCGUCUCUGGUUGUCAACGUGGCGAGUCACAGCGAGCGGACGGAGGAGAACUACGCGUCACUGCAGGAGCUCCACCGGGAGCUGGGCACCUCUCACUUCAACGUGCUGGCCUUUCCGUGCGGCCAGUUCGGGGAGACUGAGCCCGGGACUAGCCGGGACAUCGAGGCGUUCGCCAAGUCCGUCCACGGCGUCACCUUCCCGUUCUUCGGCAAGAUCAAAAUAAUGGGCUCGGAGGCGGACCCCGCCUUCAAGUUCCUCACAGAUUCGGUGCAGAAGACCCCCAAGUGGAACUUCUGGAAGUUCCUGGUGAAUCCGGAGGGCAGAGUGGUCCGAUUCUGGAGAACGGACGAGCCCGCCGAGAGCGUUCGGCGUGAGGCCACGGCGUUGGUGCGAGAAAUCAUUCUGAAAAGACGUGUGGAGCUAUGAGGGUCCAACAAGAUACUGUGUGUGUGUGUUUGUGCGUGUGCAUGUGUGUGCGCGUGCGUGUGUGUGACAAUCCUUACAUGACCACUGCUGCAGCUGAAGGAUUGUUUAGCCAUUGAAGUGUUGGAUUUUUACUUUUUU